AGAGAACACUGCCGCGGCCAAUCAGCGGCCUCGGGAAGCGUGGAAUAGAACGUUGAGACACCGCCGGCUUCCCCCGCUGCCCACCCCGAUUUUCUCCACAUGCUCCUCCCCUGGAUGCUGUUGUUUGUAGUGUUUUAGCUGCCGAGGAGCUACGAGAGGGGCGGGAGGGGGACAUCAACAUACCCUUGUUCGUGCCGAUUGAAGCAGGAGGGGGAGGCCGAGGGGGCGAUUCAUCGGCUCUGAAGCUUCGGAUACACAGAAGCGGCUUGGGAGUUUUGGGGAGGAAGAGGAGAAGAAGGGAUCCUUUGUGGAUUUCCCCCUCCCCGGAACACUCACGCAUACCGCCGGCGCCGUGUUUGGCUCUCCUCCUCCUCCCUCCCUCCCUUGUUGUGGUUUCGUUUCUCUCGCCAUGUCGGUGAAUAUGGAGGAGCUUCGGCAUCAGGUCAUGAUCAACCAGUUCGUGCUGGCUGCGGGCUGUGCGGCGGAUCAAGCAAAGCAGCUGCUGCAGGCGGCACACUGGCAGUUCGAGGUGCGUUGAGACCCCUUCUUUUUUACUCACGCGGCACCCCUCCCCCCCCCCACCCGCAAUGCCGACGAGCGAAAGGUGGCGGAAAUUAAUGCGAACCCCCCACCUCCAAUUCUUAGUAGGGUGGCGGGUGGCGGAAACAGUUGCCUGUGGUGGUGGAUUUGCUUUCAGCAAUAGCCCCCCCUCCCCCGCACCACACAGAUCCUGCACCCUUUUGUGUAACGUGGGGGGGACGGACGGCGGAUUUCUGCUGGCAACAGAUAAAUAAACAACCCAUCAAAGGCAUUUAAAGAACGACUGCCUCCUCCCGGAGUAGUAAGUGCCUUCCGGGGCUGGGAAUGCGCUGGGCCUUUUGGCGUGUUGACUAAUCUCUUGUUGCAGCUGGUCGUGGGAGAAAAAAAAGGGGGGGUUGGACGCACAUUUAUAUUAUUGUAAUUGUUAGGCCGGGAGAGAACGGCCGCUGCAUCACAUUUGUGGUCGGAACAAUCGUUGGAAUAAUUAUUUCCAAAAGCCAUGAAGCUUCCAGUUGAAGGGAAACUCAGAAUCGCUCUAAGAAUUGAAACCUCCAGUAGGCCAUGCGGUAGUUAGGGGGGGGGGAGAGAAAGACGACCGGUUUGCUUCUGCUUAUCUAGCCCCCAUCCCCCUAAUAGUAAUUUACUUCUUGACUAGGCCACCAGGCCCUUGCGGAAAAGAAGUGUCAAGGAGACGACGGCAUUUUUUCCCCUCGACCGGGGAAGGGGGUGUGGGAUCAGUUUCGAAGCUUGGCCUGUGUUUAGUAAUCUCUCGCACCCUAACACACACACACGUGUGUGUUUGCAUGGUGAAACAUAGCAACAUCGUUGUUUUAAAGAGGAACGUGGUCAAAUUCUGCCCAGCCUUGCCGAGCUGCUUUAAAGGUGUGCUCUUUGUUUUGGUUAAUAAGGCUGGAGAGCAGGAAAAGAUUGGUUUGAGCCAGCAUCUUGACCACAGAUGCAAUAAGGCUCUUUGUUCACUUUCACUAGAUAAAGUGUUUAUACUAUACUAUAUUAUAAAUUAUACUAUAAAUUUCGUUCCCUCUGCCCCUCUUGUUGUUUUAAAUCUAAACAAACACUUGUAUUUCUGAGUUGAUCGUCAAUAUUUUUUUUUUUUUAAAAGAGGAAACCACCCCCAAUUGCAAUUGGGGUGUGUGUAUGUUCCCUUACAUUCCUCAGCCUCUUCUUCUAGGCUCCUGCCUUUUGGGGGGGGGUGUGAACACCUCUUGUAUUGUGAAGGCUGGGGGGGGGGGGAGCUGUGUUUGUUUUGGGUUUUCUUCUGUCUCUUUUGUUGUUGUUGUUCCUGUUCUCCCCUCCCAAAAGGGAGAGGGAAGACAAAUUAACAUUUCAAAGGUGUCCCAAGCCAAUGCUGAAGAAUGCAAGGGCCCAAACUGGGCCUGUGUUUGUCAACUUAGAUUAUUUGCUGACACUUGAAGUAUUUGAGGAGGGGGGAAAAGAAGCAUGUCAGGAGGUCUUCUCCUUUUCUUUUUAUUGCUGCAAAAAUCUUGCUGCUAAUCCCUGCCCUCCAACUUCACUUAUUUUGUUCAGGCUGUAGCCCCUUGUUCUAAUUGUAGGCUUGUGUGUUUUUUUUUUAAACAUAGACUGCUUUGAGUGCUUUUUUUCAAGAAACCAACAUUCCUAACACCCACCACCACCAUCAAAUGGUAAGUAGCUCAAACUUCUCAGGUUCACGCUGUUCUUCACAGUAUCUUUGUUUCUUGUGGGCUGAAGUGAAAUUUUGCAAUUGGAGUAUGUGUUUGUGUGUGAGUGUGUGCCAUUUUUUUUUUAAAAAAAGAGAAACACUUUGCAUAUUCCUUGCUUCUGUGGACUAAUAAACCCAGAACAAAACUGCCUUAGUCCUUUCCCCAUAAGCUUAGAAAGCACCUUCUAAACGACAAAUCAAAGACCACCCCCCUCCUUAACAGCAGUUGACUUGUCAAACCAUGUAAAUAUGAGGAGGAGGAACUCUUUUGCCUUGUAUGUGCAACGUCUGCAUAAUUUUACACAACCUUUGAUACUGGGAGGGGAACAUGAGCCUGCAGCCAGCAGUGGUUGUGCAUUCAAAGCUGUCAGCUCUUCAGACAGCCAUAUUGCUCUGCAACAAGAGAAACACACAGACUGCAAAUGUAAACAAGAGCCAAAAUGUCUGCCAGGAAACAUGGACUUCUGUUUCUCUCUUCUCCUCCCUCCGCCCCCAACCUUUGUGCUCACAUAAAUCUAUCUUACUUAUGUUUAUGCUCUUGAAUAACUGGAAAACCUUCAGGGUUGGAGGGAAGGAGCAAAUUCAGACAAAGUUUGGGUUUUUAUUCCCCCUGCCUCUGCACGUUUUGUCUAAACUUGAGCAAAACUUUACAUGACCUUGACUGAGGGCAAGUUUCUUUGGCAAGCAAAGGAAGUGUUUUUUUUAAAAAGAAAACUAAACCAGUGCUGUGUGCUAGGAUAAUAGAAGAUAGAGACUUAAGCUGCAGCUCUCCCCCCCCCCCCAUACUUGGCCAUUGUUAAAACCGAUGUCUAGCCUUAGAAGUGGGGGGGGAAAGACUGGGGAAGAAAUAUCUCAUCGAAUUUUAAUGCUGUUUGCUUGCUACUUGGGCAGUGUAGAUUUUAUUACCCUGAGAACCUACUAGUUUUCCAUUUGAAUUUAGGGAACAUUUUCAAAGCGUUUUGUUUUUGCUAUUGCAUGCCCAUAUCUGUAAAGCUUUAGCUGCAGUAGGAAUGUGUAGCUAUGUAAGAGCGAUCCUGUUUAUUCAAAUAGCCACAAAUUUAGUUAUGUAGUGUUCUACCUUUAGAUAUGCUCAUUAGAUUCUUAGUUAUGUUCCUCAGGCUGGCCUUAAAAUAGAUUAAAGUGAAUCAUAUGAUAAAGUUAUGAGAAUGUAAAAACAACAAAAAGAGACAAAUUAAUAGGAAACAUCCAGCAGGGAACAUUAGAAGGGUCCGUAUCAUAAAAUUUCCUGAAAUGGAUAUUUUUGUGCAUGUCUUACUCCUUUUAAGGCAUUUUUGUACUGCUUUUCAGGAGAACCUAACAAAGUGAUUUAUGGAAAAUAAUUACAACAUUCCUUCAAAAAAAGUAAAUUAGGAUAUUUACAAUCUCAGUUAAAGACUCUUGUGCAUUUUCAAGUUCUACGGGGUUAGACAUAGCUGGAGAGGAUGUUUAGCAACUUUGGGGCCACUGCCAAAUAAGCCCUGUACUUAAACAUUAAGUUUUCAUGUAGAACAGAUUCUGAGCCUGUCACCCCUGGCUAAUCUUGGGAAGAGAAGACUUUUAAACCAUGAUUCAUUCUGGGCAUAGAAUUAAGGUUGUUUUAUGUACCUUCCCUAUGUGAGUGUAAGAGUUGGGGAAAUGUGCACACUUUCACUUGUGAAACCCAUGAAAAUGUAUGUUUUGUCACAGUUGCACAUACCAAAAUACGAAAGUUUUGAACAUGACUGCGUAUGUAUGUAACUGCACACAUUUACUCCUUUUAUUGAUAUUGGAAAGGAAUAUCACAUGCACAAUGGCCCCCACCAGCUAGUUGAGUUAAGAAAACUAAUAAUUGGACAUUGAAAGUUUUAUGGGGUAGGUUUUUUUACUCCAAGCUGAUUAAAUUGUGUCUUGGGAUGGUAAAAUGUCCUAGAAUAAAAGCCAUGAUGUGUGUUUUAUCAGAGGAAGGGCACCUAACUGCUUUUUUUGGGAGUGGGGUUGAUUUUUCUUUGAAAAAAAAUGGAUAGUAUUUUUUAUUUUACCACAAUAGAUUAACAUUGGCCAGGGUGGGGAAAACACAUCCCAGUGUCAAAAAUCAGUGGAGUCCUCGGGUUGCGAAUGUGAUCUGUGCGGGAGGCACGUUCGCAACCCACACUGUUUGCACCCUGAAGCACCGCGUUUGCGCAUGCGCGUGAUGAGAUUUGGCGCUUCUGCGCAUGCGCGCAACGCAAUGAAACCUGGAAGUAACCCAUUCUGGUACUUUUGGGUUCGGCGUGGUCCGUAACCCGAAAAUCCGCAACCCGCAGCGUUCGUAACCCGAGGUAUGACUGUAGAUUUUGGAGGCUAUUUUUUUUUGUCCCAGGUGUAUUUUGUGUACAAAACAAAAUUGUAAAUGGUAAGUGACUGAAAUUUGAGGACACUGUUUGCUAUUCUCCAGAUGACAAAAAAAAAUUAAGAAAACUCUUUUGGUCUACUUCUGUAUGUAUAUAUUUUGCAAUGAGCAGUGUGACCCAGUUUUCUUGGAGAUAGGUUAACUUUAGCAAAUGUUCGUUUCCAUUUGUCUUUUUUGUGUAAUGGGCAUGACCUGGUUUACAAUGCACUUCAGAAGCAUAGGAAGCUGUCUUGCCGCAGAUUGGAUUAUUUGUUCAUCUACCCCCACAUAUAGUCUCCUCUGACUUUAGUAUAUCAGGCAGAGAAAAGUCUGUCACCUCAUCUGCUCCGUGAUUCUUCAGGUAGUGAAGCUGAGGUUUGCAUGCAAAUAAUGUUUUCGGGAAUAAACAAAGCUUUGGGGGUGUAAAGCCCUUUCACAGUUUCACAGAAGUAUUAACGAUAAUCAGGAAAUGUCUGUAUUAGUUUAUCAAAGGAAAGCUGAGUUCUCAAAGAUGGAGAAUUGUUGUGCUUUUAGAAGAUAAUUUCCGUUUGUCAUGCCAAGGUUAUAACUUUGGGUUAAAUAUCUCUCUUGUUUUGAUUCCUGGAAUAAUUCAAGAUUUUAUUAAAAUAUUGAAUCAGCAUUUUUUCUUUGAAAUGCAAUUUAACAGCUCCCUACUCUAAAGUAUCUUUAGUCUGUUUAAAGGAUCUUUUCUCCCACCCACCCCCUCUCCAUAUGGCUUCACAAUGUCCUCGUCUCUCUGGUUUUGUUUAUCAUUGCUCUGGUUUUGCCUUAUCACUAGUAUUUUAUGAAUGCCUUAUCAAAGUUCAUGUGUUAGGUUCUUUCUUCCCCUUCAGCAGAGUCCUCCCUCUUUUUGUCAGGGGUGUGCUGUGCAAUACAGUAUAGACAAGUAAAUUCAAGAUGUUGGGAAAUAAACUGUGGUAUAAGAGGAAUGGCCUGUAUGAGGUGGCAAGAGCUGGAAUCCUGAUUCAUAUUCCACUGCCAGGUUUGUUGGAACACGUUCCCUGUGGCCAGUGAGCUAAUUUAAGCUUGCUCUUUUAAUCCUGAAUGUGAAAGUAGAUCUCUUGUGUUUAGAGGUUUGCUUGAAAACUUGCAUACAGUGUCCUUGAGUCGCUUCACAUGUGACUUACAAGGAAUUCAAGCCCAUCCCAAGUGGUGAGGCCUACUAAGUUCUCUGAGACCUCGUUGACUUUCCUGUCUCCUGGUAACAUUAAACCUCUAAAUCAUAAAUCAGCUAACCCUAGAUAUUCUGCACUUGGGGCUGCUGAAUGGGGUUUUAUGCUGCAGUGUUAAAAUGUGUACAAAAAGUUUGCCGAGUUCUCCAGGAAAAGGGGAAAUAAAACAGGCCUCUUGACCCUUCGGUUAAGCAAGUAUGGGGGACUUUUGGCCCUCCAGAUGCAGUGUUAGAAAUUAGCCAGGCAUGUUUUCCUACUGGUGUGGGUCCAGUUGUGACUAUGUGGAGAUUUCUGGGCACCAAGUUGGCACCCACAGUUUAAAAACCUCUGCCUUAGUCCACAGUUAUUUCCACUUCCACUGAGUGUGGUUCUCCUUCUUGCAUGCUGGGACAAGUGAAUUCUUGUAAGAGCAAGCUACAGUCAAGCAAUGUAGUUGAGAUCACAGUCCAACCUCCUGGCAAAUAGACAUUCCGUCGUGGCUACUGUAACCCAGAUUUAAGGUGCCAUUUGGCACCAGCUUAUAUAUUUGAGCUAACACUGUCCAGAUGUAGAUUCAGGUAGGUAGCCGUGUUGGUCUGACGCAGUCGAAAAAAAUAAAUGAAUUGUCCAGUAGUACCUUAGAACCCAACUAAGUUUGUUCUGGGUAUAAGCUUUUGUGUGUAUCUGAAGAAGUGUGCAUGCACAUGAAAGCUUAUACCCAGAACAAACUUAGUUGGUCUCUAAGGUGCUAUUGGACAUUUUUAUUUAUUUAUUUAUUUAUUUAUUUGUCCAGAUGUUGUUGAACUACAGCUCCCAUCAGCCUAGGUAAGCAUCGCCAGGCAUGAUGGGGGAUGUAGUUCUGCAACAUUUGGAGGGUCAGAGAUUCCUCACAUCUGGAUUAGAGUCACUGGAGAUGCCAUCUUGAUCCUUUAUUGGGUCCAGUAGUAGCAGCCUUUUUAUUAUAUAGCUAGGAUGUUUCACAUGGGCACAGACCACACUUCUCCCAUGCAUCUGCCCCAAUAUAUGGCUUUAAAAAGUCCAGCUUUACUGGAAGGCAUUAUGUGUCUGCCGCCAGAAAUCUGGCUCCUGAUUACCUUAAUCUGCAUGAUGUCAUCUUAUUGUGAGGUUUCGAACUAUGGCGGGUGAGUAGGUAUGAUACAUAUAGGAAGCGACAAACCCUGGUAUGUGCGUUGCAUGCAAGAAUUCCCAUGUUUCAAGUGCUGCCAUCUCCAAAUACAGCUGAGAGAAGCUCCAGUCUGAAUUCUUGGAGAACCAUUGCCAGCUAGCACAUAGACAGUACUGAAUUAGACAGGACUCCAAGGUCUGACUUGGGGAGAAGGCAGCUUGCCUGUGAUUGGCAGCUGGGGUUUGCAGCACAUCGAAUGGAGCCAGGCACCAUUGAGGGUUUGUCAUUUGGGUGUGUGAGACAUUGCUAAGGGUAAGUAAGGGAAAGGUGAUGAUGCCCUUUUUGCAUCAUGGAGCUAGACAACAUUCCAGGGAUCACCAGGAGUCUCGGCUAAUCAUGUCCAUACCUGGAGCCAAGCUGGAAUCUUGACGGAGCCCUUUCAUCUUGUGCAGUCCCUUCUGCAGCUCAGCUAGCGGUCUGAAAGAAGCAAGUAGGAUUUCAGAUUUGAUUCAAGGUGUUUGAAAUGCUUAGCACACAGCGGGGGAGCCUAGUUCAGUGCCUGACUGCUACAGGGAGCUUAGCCUGUUUAAUCUGUUUUAUAUCCAGUUCUUGGUGCUGUGUGCCCUUCUGCACAUAUUGCCAGCAAAUCCACUUCUGCCCUCCUUUCUUUGAUCCUUAUAUUUGUAUGUUGUGUGUGUGUGUGUGUGUGUGUGUGUGUGUUUAAAGCAAGUCACCAGCGCUCGCUGACAGGUAGACGCCACUUUGAAAAGCAGCACCAAACCAAAACAAUAGAAGUAAACAGAUUCAGCAGUCUGAGGAAAACCUCCUUCCUGCUCUCCAUGUCUGGCAUUCUGAAAUUCCUUAUUUCUCUCAUUAGCAUGCAGACUGCAGAUUUGCCGGGGCUCCAUUUAUUCAUAAAAACUGUUUCUGAGAUGUAGAUUUAAGCCAAGGCGUCGCUGUAUCAUAGCUGCGUUAAAGAGACACGAGCUGGGCCCAUUUUUACACGGCUUGGAAUGUUUCUCCCAACUGCCAAGCAUUAAGGAGUUUACAGUUCCUGCAUUCGCUAGGGGCAGUUUAAUAGAGAUUGCAAACAAAGGAUAUCCUGUCUCCUUUGGAAGGCUAUCUUCAAUUCCGCCCCCCUCCCCCAAUCUCUCUAUAACCGGUGACACAUUAAUCAGGAAACUAGUGCUCAAGUCGUCAUGUUCUGUGUGACUAUUCCCUCCCAGAAACCCCUUUUGUAAUCUACGUUUCCCAGAGGCAUUUCAGGAACUUAAAUGUUGGAUUUUAGAGGGUGGUGUUUUGCUUUGCUUCCAGCCCCUCUCUCUGGUUGAAACACUAGCAUGUGGGGCAUAUGAAGCAAUGUUUCUGCUUAAGCCCAGUGGAAAAUCCCUGGCUCCCCAGAGAAAACAAAAAUUCGGGGGUGGAGUGGAGAGAAACUUGGUGUAUUUUUAUUUUGUUCUUGUGGCAGUUCAGUUAAGGGGCAUCUAGUUCUGCUUAAAGAGUCUUGGGUUGCCGACAUCACCUCCCUCCUCAUUGUGGUCUACAAGCCAAGCUCUUGGUUUGCUUGACACCAGCACUACCCUGCCACCGAAACAAAGAUGGUCCCUAUCCAUGUCUUCCCAACUGCUGUACUUCCACCAUGCUAGUCUGCUGUUUCACUUCCUCUCUCCUUAGAGCAGGGCUCCCCAAACUAAGGUCUGCGGGCUGGAUAAGGCCUGAGGGACUCAUUUAUCCGGCCCUCAGCGCUGCACGGCUGCCCACUUCCAGGUCGGAGGAGCACUGGCAAUAGCUUGUGCGUAAGCUUUAUUUGCGCAUGCGUUAUUUCUGGUGCACAUCCGGGUCGGAGGAGGCCCGUGCACAUGCACACAAGGUAUUUCCAGUGCACCUCCGACCCAGAAGUGCACCAGAAAUAGCGUGUAUGCACAGGUAUGGGCACGUGCUCUCCGGCCCACCACGCGAACCACGCUGGAGACACCGGCCCAAGGUGUGUUAAGUUUGCUGACCUCUGCCUUAGAGAGCAGAGAACCUCAGGCCUCAUGCAGCCUUCAAGGGCCUCUCUAUUUGACCAGGAACUCUCCCCUAGCCGCUCCCAGUCCCUGAAGCCAUAGACCAUUCCUGGGAAUACUUUCGCCUGUCUGGAAUGUGUCUUUGAUCUGUGAUCAUAAUGCCUCUUGCUUGCUUGGAAGGAGGACAGAGGUGUGAAUACAUAAAAAAAACCUCUCUGCCUUUUGUAUUACUAAAAGUGACAUCCACUGCUCUGCCCACCACUGGUAUCCAAGCCCACAAGGAAAGGCAAAAAAAAAAAAGGUUACCCACCCCUGUUUUAGAAAGAUCAGCAGAAUGGGCAGAGACCCGGGUGCUGGAUUUUAUCUUCUCAAAAAUAAGGAAUUGUGUGUUCCUUUAUCUUAGCACUCUUGGGUGUUAUCUGAAACCUUUCAUAGCACCUGGGAUAGGCUAAUCCAAUUAAGUCUGCUGUCUCUUCCCACAUUCUCUCUUAAGACUGAGGCCAAUGCAAACUUUUCUCCUCUUCCCCGGGCCACUGCUUUUGCUCAACGAAGAGCUUCGGGGAACUCAAAAGCUUGCUCAUUGUUUUGUGCCCUUUGGAUUGGUCCUAAUAAAGGCCUUUCCCUGCUGUGGUUGUUGGAUUUAUUUAUUUUUAAUAGGCCAUCACAGCUAUUUUUUUUUUUUACUUUCUUUAGAUGAGCAAAAAGUACGUAGGUCCGGAUCUCUCCCAACCCACUUUACAUUAGGCCGCCAAAUUGAAGAAAGCUCAGGAAAAGCAGGGGUGGUAUUUUGGGUGGAAGGAUUGCAAGCUUGCAUUCUAGUACCAAACACAAAUUCCUCUCCUGAACAGGAACUUGGCAGUAGGCUCUUCUUUUAAUUCCAAAUGCUUGCCUGCUUCCCAUCCCAUGGUUUUGUACUUAGAAUCAACUGGUAAACCUUAGGGUUCUAGUGAAAAGGGGAAAAAAGUUCCUACAAUACACACACACACACACACCUCUCUUUGCAGUUAGUGACAGUACUUGGCUUGAGUUCGGUGGUUGCUUGCCUGGGCCAGUUACUGACUUAAUGGUACUCAGGCCCCACUUCUUCGGGGGGGGGGCAUCUUUAAAACCCGCUGCCCUUUCAUCCAGGUUGUAUCCAGAACCAGCUCUGCUUAGCUUCAGCGAUGUGACUACUGCCUGUUCUCUAGACCCAGGCGUUGGCCCUCCAGAUGUGCUCCCAUUAGCUGCAGAUAGCAUGGCCAGUGGUUAAGGAUCUAAGAGAUGAUUUUGAAGAAUUUUUAUUUAAAAAAUUAUUGUGUAACCAAAAAGUACAUCCAGCGUCUCUACUUUCAAUUCAUAGAGUCAAUUCAUAGUCAUUUUCACAGUUUGUUUACAUUUGGUAUGAGACAAUGUUGUCAUAGACAUGCAGUUGGGGGGGGAAGAGGGGAGAGAGAUGGGGGGGUUAAUGAUCUUUCAGUCUUUGCAUAGUAUUUGUGCAAGGUUUUUGUGUUACAGAUGUCAGAGCUGUAAACCAACAGCAUGUGGGGAGAGACCUUCUGACUGCCUUUAGGCUGUACAGAUAUGACAUUGUAGAUAGGCAAUAAAUGAAGGGAAAAAACAGCACAGCUGUUCCCUUGAUCCAACCAGUGUACCAGGUCAUGCAUGUGGGGGUUACAGAGGCAAAAUUCCAUGUGUACUUGCAUGUGUUGGAGGCAGAUAGCUGCCUUGGGGCGUGCUUUCAUUGCCUUUGAACUGCUAGCAAUUUGGAAACUCCCAAGAAAAGACAUUGAAUUAAAUCUCCUAAUUUUAGUUUAGGUACUUCAUCUGAAGAGAAGGAAGUAAUUGCUUGGUUGUGAGUAUUUAAAGGUUUUUCCCAUUGCAGUGAAUGCUCUCUAGGGUGAUGCUGCAUAACUUAAAACUAACCAUGUAUAGAUCUAGCCAGUCCUUUAGACCAGAGGAGAGUACCGUAUUUUUCGCUCUAUAACACGCACCCGACCAUAACACGCACGUAGUUUUUAGAGGAGGAAAAUCCGUAGGCAUUCCCUCCAUAACACGCACAGACAUUUCCCCUUACUUUCUAGGAGGAAAAAAGUGAGUGUUAUGGUGCAAAAAAUACGGUAUUUAACAUGGUGUGUGUGUGACUCAGUGACCCAGUAUCAGUGUUACUGCCUGGAUCUAGAGGACUGUAUCUAGGGUUAGUCAUUCUCCGAAUUGACCCAUUGAAAUUAGUGGGCAUGACUAACUUGUUCCCAUCAGAGGAACUUUGAUCCUGGAAGAUCUCCAGUUGGAGAAAGGAGGGAAGGUAAUCUUUAACCCAUUUGACACACACACCCAACACCUGAAGCCUUCUUGGAUCCCAAGAACCUACCCCAGAGUAUCAGACUCUCCAGAACAGUGUAGUGACACAGAGAGUUGCAGGGGAAAGGAGGAAUUAUUUUAAGAUGUCCUGAAAAGGCAAAUGCUAGUCCGAAAACUACAAUAAAAUCUUCACCCCCUGCUUUCAUUCUUUUUUUAAAAGAUAUUUAUUAAGAGUUUACAAGUUACAGAAAAAGCAAGAGAACAAUAAAGAAUUAAACAAAACAAAACAAUACCUUACAAUACAUCAAAAAAAUAAAAAAUAAAAAAAUAAAACAAUACAAUAAAACAACAAAGAAAAAAACAGAACAAAAACAUUUAAAAACACAUCCAACCUUUCCAUAUCUUUACCUUUCAUAUACUUGUUUCAUCGACCUCCUCACACCUCCCUUUUUUGUAUUCUAGUUGAAUUAGCUAUUUCAGCAAGUCCUUUCCAUCUUUCUCAAUUUUCGUUCUAAAAUUUAACUUAAGACGCUCUAACCUUAAAUUUUCCACUUUGGUCCAUUAACAAUCUAUUUUUGCUUAAUUCUUUAUCACAUUUCUGCUAAAGCCAUAUAGCUUCAUUCCAGCAUCCUUCUAACAUUCAUUAAUUUUGCAAUAUUUCUGUAAAUAUACUUUAAAUUUUUUCCAAUCUUCUUCCACCGACUCUUCUCCCUGGUCUCGGAUUCUGCCAGUCAUUUCCGCCAGUUCCAUAUAGUCCAUCAGCUUCAUCUGCCAUUCUUCCCUGGUGGGUAAAUCUUGUGUCUUCCAGUGCUUUGCAAUAAGUAUUCUUGCUGCUGUUGUGGCAUACAUGAAAAAAAUUCUAUCCUUCUUUGGCACCAAUUGGCCUACCAUGCCCAGGAGAAAGGCCUCUGGUUUCUUUACAAAGGUAUAUUUAAAUACCUUUUUCAUUUCAUUAUAGAUCAUAUCCCAGAAUGCCUUAAUCUUUGGGCAUGUCCACCAAAGGUGAAAGAAUGUACCUUCAAUUUCAUUACAUUUCCAACAUUUAUUAUCGGGCAAAUGGUAGAUUUUUGCAAGCUUGACUGGUGUUAUGUACCACCUGUAAAUCAUUUUCAUUAAAUUCUCUUUUAAGCCGCUGCUGCCACGCUGCCGCCCGAUUUCUGUUCUCAUCCUGAAGCAAAGUUCUUAACUCGAGGUACUAUUUCUGGGUUAGCGGAGUCUGUAACCGGAAGCGUAUGUAGCCUGAAGCGUAUGUAACCCAAGGUACCACUGUACUUGGAAAUCAAGGGUAGCAGAAAGUGACCGAAGGCUUAAUACGCAUGGCUUCCUCCAAGGAACCCUAUGAAUUGUAGCUUAUCCUUCUCAGAGCUUCUGUUUCCAAUGCUUUUAACAAACUACCAUUUCCCAGGAUUAUUUGGCGGAAGCCAUGUGCUUUCAUUGUAUUUUAAAUGUGUGCUGUAUACGCAGCCUAAGAGGACAGGGCCCUAACAUGUAGAUGAGGCAGUACCUGGAAGCAAACUUGACUUCUUCCUGGGCUGCUCUUCAGUCUGUUUCUAGAAUCUGCAGGGACUGUCCCCCUGUUGUGUCACAAGCAAGCAUGGUUACAAGUCAUCUGCCCCACUUCUCUCCUCUCCCUUUUUUGCACGCUUGUCUACACUCCCUGGCACCCCCUCCCCAGUACACACUCCUUACAGCACCACAUGGAUAUAUAACACUUGCCUAGUCCACAUGGACAAUUUUUGGGGGAGGUACUUAGCUGUCAUUGCAGAGGUUCUUCCCCCCCCCCCCCACAAAAUCCUCUUGGUUCAUCAAACCCUUAAAUAAUGAUACGUUAUAAGGAAAGAAGAAAAUCAAAGAUGGGAUGAAUUCACUGAAAAUUGAUUGCGCUUUAUUGACCACUGUAAAAGUCAUGCGAUUUAUUAAAUAUAAAAAUAUAGGGCUCGAGCCCCACGUUGGGCAAAAAGAUUCCUGCUUUUCAGGGGGUUGGCCUAGAUGACCCUCACAGUCCCUUUCAACUCUACAAUUCUAUGAUCCUAUAACAGUUAGAAUCAAUAAUUUUAAAAGCUAAAAAUUCAAGUGUUUUCAAUGUUGUGGUAAGAAUGGAUGGACACUUCUGUUUUUGUAUAUUUUUGAUGCUUGUGAUUUUCUUAUAUAAAGGAGUUUUUUUAAAAAAAGAGAGAGGAGGUACAUCAAAGCAAGUAAGCAUGUUGAGGCUGAAAUUAUGAUGAUCAGGGGGGCUUGAAAUAGUUGUUCUUGGCUCUUGUGCUCCCCUGGCCUGGCAGACUUUUCACUUACAUUCACCACCUCUUUGAGGUUUGGGGGUACCUUGGGAAAUACAGUGGUACCUCAGGUUACAUACACUUCAGGUUACAGACUCCACUAACCCAGAAAUAGUGCUUCAGGUUAAGAACUUUGCUUCAGGAUGAGAACAGAAAUUGUGCUCUGGCGGCGCGGCGGCAGCAGGAGGCCCCAUUAGCUAAAGUGGUGCUUCAGGUUAAUAACAGUUUCAGGUUAAGUACGGGCCUCUGGAACGAAUUAAGUACUUAACCUGAGGUACCACUGUAGAAUUCUACAAUGCUGGUGGGCAACAAGAGGUACUCUUGCCAAUAACUCUUGUUUUCCUUUAAAAUGGGGACUGGGAAUGUGUGGCCCUCCAAAUCAUGGCACUGGGGAAUCCAACAGCAUCUUGACAGCCUCCAAAAAUAAAUGCAUAGUUCUGUCCACUUUCCUAGACUCUUGGACCAUGGAGGCAGGUUUUCCAAUGCAGCUGGGGAGGGUGUUAAAAGUAGGUGUGCAGUCCUGCAGUCACUCAGUUGGUAAUCACUUCUGGUUUUCCCUCCUGGCUGCAGCAAGAGGAUAGGGGUGUGUUUGAGGGGAUUCAGGGGCAGCUUUAUACAAGCAGUUGCUUGUAGCAAUACAGUAAUUAUCCCACUGGCUUCCAGGUGUCUUCUGCUCUGACAAAACAUAUUCCUGAAGCCUGGUGCACGUCUUUCCUCACAAUCUCUGUUUUAAAACACAGCCACAAGAAAACCUGUAUUCUGUGACCUGUGUAACGAAGCCCAUUUGAUUAUAUUUAUUUCGUACUGUUUUUGUAGCCCCAGGAAGGGAGGCAUUGAGCUCUUCUUCCUCAUCUCUGGAAGUUCGGCUCGGUGACAACCGCCCUCUCCCAUUUCACCAGUUUCUGAACCACUGUCAGGCAUUGUCUACAAUUUCAAGCAUACCUAUUUAGCAACUUGCUUGAAAUAAAUAUGAGGGUCCGAGUCCUAAAUUCUGCACAAAAUAACUGAUUCUGUGUUAUUGCCACGGUGUAACAACAUGCAUUUAAAUCACAUCUUUGUGUCUGCCAGAGUUUUGAAAAUAACAAGCAGAAUGCUUUAAUUGCACUUAAUCUGCAUGCUGAUGUACGUGUGACAAUUUUAAUGUGCAACACUGCAGCACUUUUUGCUAAAAGAGGCAGCCCAGUGCUGGCCUAGAGUAUUUUGAAUGAAAUAUACUUGUCAUGAAUAGUUAAAAAAACAAAAAACCCACCCACUUCCCCCCUCAAAGGCAGAUAAUUUAGAAGAAGUGGAAAUGGUACAGACUGGGUUUAUUAACUUGCUGAAAAGAAGAAAAUAACCUGUGCAGUAAGGAAUAUAUGACACCUUGUCUGCAGAUGCAUUUACCAAUUUGUCUGUAUUGAGGAGAAUUGGGUGUUCCUCCUGGCUUGGCUUCAGUUAGUGCCUCUCUGCUGCUGUUUUCCACCAGCGAAAACGAUGGUAGUAAAGCGGCGAUCUUAUGUAUUGGGGUCGGUAAUAAACUGGACAAGGGGUAAACUGAGAUUUUGCCUACACAAGAUGGAGGUGCUGCUAAUGGUCUGAUCCAAGGGUUGGAGUUUCAUCUGAGGUUAUACUCCUGCUUUUUGGACACCCAAAUGGCACGAAGUUCUUUUCACCAGCUUUGGUUGUGGUUCUAACUGGGACCUCUUUAUUAUUAUUCUUCUUUGGCGAUCACUCGUAGCCGAGUAAGAUUGUCUUCCAUAAACACGGUUUUAAAAAUGAGUCCAUAAGGGACUGUGGAGGCCAAUUCUGGAUCCACACAUGCUUUCUGGGUGGGAGUUGAUCAUGGUGUGGAUUUGCCAAGCGUGCCUUCAACUUAGCAUGUUUCUCCCUUGCAUCCUGAGUUCGAGUGUCUUCAAAGUCCAUGACACCUUUGGUAAAAGCUGUUCUCCAACUGGAGCGCUUGCAGUCCAGUGUUUCCCAAUUGUCAGUGUUUAUACUACAUUUUUCUAGAUUUGCCUUGAGACAGUCUUUAAACCUCUUUCAUUGACCACCAGCAAUACGCUUUCCAUUUUUAAGUUCGGAAGAGAGUAGUUGCUUUGGGAGACGAUAAUCAGGCAUCCGCACAACAUGACCAGGCCAUUUGGAGCACAGCUUGCCAGUUUCAAGAGCGUUAUGUUGUGUGUCCUGAGGCUUUAGUCAACAUGCUGCUGGUAACCUAUAAGACAUGAACCCACCCUGUAUAGGGAAGGAAUGUGGAGCCUGUGGCCCUCCAGAGGUUGAAGUGCUCAGGGAUGAAGGGAGUUGUAGACCAGCAAGUUCUAGAUGGCCAUAGGAUCCCUGCUCUUGCUUAUGGUAUCUCAAAGGCUGCCUAUUCCUGUACAAACUCGCCCAUUCCUUGAGGUCAUCUGAGGAGUUCUUCCUUCAGAUGACCUAACCAGCCAAGAUUGGCUGGUUGGCGGUUGAGACUUUGGGUUCUUCUGCCUAGUGCUACCUUGACUCCAGAAUUGUUUCCCCUGCAGCUCCGUAUGCUUGGCACCUAACGGUUUGUGUUUUUGACUCUUGGCAAAAAAAAGUUUGUGUGUGUGUUUUACCCAGACCUUAUUUCACUGUGAGCCACUAUGGGGUGGAAAGGGCAAGGUGCAAAUUUAACAAAUAUAUUUAGCAGCAGUUUUGUUGUUGUUGUUUUAUUCCUCUCCUCUACCUCUCAUUGUUGGGUUAUAGCUUUAUUUCUAUUUUUUUGUUAUACCUUCAUAAGCCUACCUAGGGCAUGGUUUUAUUGAUAAACAGGGUACAUAUUUGUAGGCAAGAGGUAGUAGAGGUAACACGAGCAGCCUUGUCUGUUGGAGAAUAGUUGGGCUACUAAAGUGAAUGAGCAACGCAGAAUUGAGUAAAGGCAAGCAAGUAGCUACAUCAAAGUAUUCUGUGUUUUCUGUAGUUCCUCCAGCACCCAGGAUGAUUGUCUAUUUGCUUAGUUUAUUCAGUUCUGAAAAACACAGCCAAGCUCCAUUUGAAUAUAUGUCAAGGCCAACUGCGUAAUUGGAUGUGGACAAAAGAAAUUGGUGUGUGUGUGCGCGCGCGUUUGAUUGUAAGGGUGGCUUGGGGAUCUUCUCCUUCCUACUACUACAGCUUACUAUAAAAUAUUUAAGGUUAUCAAGUGCGCUGGAUGUUUACGGAGCACUGGCGUAAGAUGCUUGCUUGUGGCUUUGUACGUUUCUAGGCACUUUAGUUUUGUCUAUUGUGAAGAUGCCAUGACUGCUUUGUGUGUGCUUUCUUUGUGCUGGGACAAUAUAAGAUUUUUUCCCCUGGCUGUGUCAGUGCUGCAACAUGUUCCUAAGUUUGCAUCUUGAUUGCUUUCUUUUGUUCUUGCUUCACCCUUUUCUUCUCCCCCUGCAUUCAUCUCCCCAAUGUUGAACUGUACAUUGUAAUCUCCUUGGGGCAGGAACCUGCGGGUGUGUUGCUUGCUUUUCUCUGCUCUGUACUAUGCACAUUGUCAGUGCUAUAUAAACGACCAGCUGAAAUCAGAGCCUUUUCGUAGCAUUCUGUGUAACCAUGUGCGUUAUCGUAGCGCUUGUAGCAUUGGCCACAGCCAGCGUGUAAUAAAAGGUCCAGACUUCCUCCUAGAAGCCACCCCCGCCCACUGAGCAUUAUUUUAAUACAUCAGGAUCAUGCAGUUUUCAUUUGUGGUUCAAAGUUCUUUGCACACACACACACACACACACACACACACACGUGCAUGCUUCUGCAUGCUCAGGUGAACAGCAAGGUGUUAUGUGAGAUGAUAUACAUGGUGUCAUAAGUUCUUUGCACUGUACCGGUCAUGUGGCCGUAUAUGCUCUAGUCAAUGCUUGCAUGAACACUCAUUCAUAAUGUGUAAAUCAGCGCUAUUUCUGCUACAUUUGGUGUGCUGUAAAUGGAGCUAUUUCAGGGUUUAUUUCAGAGCUAUUGAAACCAGACUUGAUGUCACUUUCCUUCUCCCAAGAUCAGCCGAAAGUCUUUGGUCAGGUGGUGAGCAUAUGAAGGAACAAAAAUGUGUUAGAAUGCAAGUAGCCUAAACACUUCAAAAGACUUAAUAUGGUCAGUUUUACCUGUGAUCUCUGCUGUUGCUGCUUUCAAAUGGAUGUUAAUGUAGUUUAUUUUGUCUCUCCUAUUGUUUUAUUUUUCUGUUUGACUAUGUGCUAGUGUAAUGCGAUUUUACAUUGUUGGGAACUGCCCUGAAUGCUGCAUGAGCAGCAACAGGGUAGGAUAAACAUUUUUAUAUUAAGGAACAAAUGGAAACUAAAAAAAUAAAAUGAUUGUCUUACACACACACAUGCAUGCAUCCAACCUUCCUCCUUUUUUUCUUUGUCCAGCUGCAGCCUUGGCACCCCAGAAAAGCUCGGUUUCUAGGCUAAUAGAAGCAAAUAUGGACAAAUGCUCCAUUUCCCAAAUAAAUGCCAUUUUAAAGGUUGGUUUUUUUUAUAAAAAAAAUUGAGCUAUCAUUCUGUGUUGCAGGUAUAGCAGGCUUUGAUUGUUAACCAUGCAGUGGAGCUGCAGUUACUUACUCUCCUUCAGGGCGACUCACAAAUCACGUAGAAAAUAGUAGCGCCUUGUGAUGUCUGAGGGGCUGAAGCAGCUUCAGAGGUUCAGGGAUUGUGGCCAGAGGCCAUUGGAAUGAUAAAUGGAAACUGGUUUAGGCUACGAGAAAUAAUUGAAUUUAAUAUGUAGGUGUGCUGUUGAGAUGUGUUGAGAGCAACACUGGAAUUUUUAUUGUUUUUACACAGCUAUGUAUAUUCUGAGAUUCCACAAAGCAAAAGGCCAGAACUUGGUGCAUGACCGAGCACUGAGCACCCCAUGGACCUACAUAAAAUCUUAAGUGGGGGGUGAGGGCAAAAGUAAUAGCCAGAGGCGAGGCUUUGGGAUCCUGCUUAGCUAGUUGUCCCUUCCCAUGACUGGCAAAAGCAAAAUAAAUUGUUCAACACAGUAAACCUAGUUUGAAACUGGCAUGUUUGUAUAGGAUCAUCUCAAGACAAAAUGGCAUUGAUAAUACCUUCUGACAAUUGCAGUUGUCCCAGGCAACUGGCUGUUUAAUAUGCUCUAACUUUGGUCUUGUGUUUAGCGGCAAUGUCUUGUACUGCAAAGCAGAUCUCUGUGAUUCAGAGACUGCCAAUACACCAUACAUUUAAAGCUCUGUUACAGCACUUUGAAUAGCUUUGGCUUCCCCCAAAGAAUCCUGGGAACCGUCAUUUAAGGGGACCUGAGAGUUAGGAGACCUCUGCUACAAUUCUCAGAGUGCUUAAACAACCAAUCCUUCUUCCCAGGGAACUCUGGGAAUUGUAGCUCAGUGGUGGCAAUAGGGCUCUCUUCUCAGCACCCUUAAACUACAGUUCCCAUAAUUCUUUGGGGGAGGCUAUGGCUGUUGCCGUGGUAUAGUGGUGCUUUAAAUGUAUGCUGUGGAUGCGGCCUGUGAUAUUUAUGAAUGUAGCUUGACAGAAGAUACCGCUGUGCCUGUGUGUUUUCUCUGCAUGGAAAGUUCUCAUUUCUCCUACACAGCAGACAAAUUUGCCUCUCAGGUACACUUGAGUAGUUGCUAGAGUGUUUGAAAUGUAAAUACAUGUCUUUAAAGGUGCUUGAUGGGCUUGUGUCACAAGGGGGUGGUUUGCCCCCACAUGUUUAUAGACGUGAAUCUUCAAACAUUACAGGAGUUCACGAGGAGGCACAAAGUGGACAAGUGACAAACUCACAGUCAUGUGCCCAGCGCAUGAAUCGGCUCUUUCCUAAGACUUCCUUCUUGCAGCAGUCCAGCUGUGGCUGUUGGUGGGUUUCUGUUUAGCAACACUGUUGAUUUGGCUGUCAGUGUAUUGCUUAUCACAAACCAUUUUGCUUUAUCCUGGAGGUGGGCGCCCUGUUUAACUGACGCCUUCAUCCCUAAAUAGACGAUGACCCAGGCUGCUUACUUUGCCAAUGGAUGUGUUCAAUGAUGCCAUUUGGGGUCACUUCACACCACUGCAUUGACUUUGCCUUUAAUAAAAGAGAUCUGUGACAGCUUAACUGUUUUAAUUAUAUUAACUUUGCACAGCUUGCUGAGGGCACAAAUGGUGCCGUUUUCCCACACACAUAGCAGCUGAUAGCGUGAUUCCGACUUGCAGCGAAUCAGUUGGAAUUAAUGCUCCUGUUGUGGCACAUGUGAAUGCCUUCUCUGUUUUAAAAACAUACUUGCACAACCAUCCCACACUGAACUGUGGCCGUAUGAAACAUACAGUGGAGCUUCCAGUGCAAGGCUAAUGAUAGAGGGACAGGAUGAGAUCUUUGUGGUAGCCGAGAUAGUAUAGUUUUCUAUAAAUCAGCAUACGAAGCUCAAAAAAGUCUGUUCCCCUCCUUAUUAGGCUGCAUUGAGUGUUAAGGUUGAAUUGCUUGGGAUUGCAAAAGAGUGUUUGCCCCACGUGGCGAGCUGGGCUUGUUUUAUGCCAGGAAGGUCAAGGUUACCUUCUGUGCUUCCGCUUGCCAAUCCUUAGUUUGCAAAGCUUCUGUUAGGAUUUUGUUGUUGCUGCGUUUGUUUGUUUUUAAUUUGACAGGCAGGAAGGUUGAGUCAUGUAUAAGGGAGCAUUAUGCAAUGGUUUCCUCCCUGCUGAACCCUGUUUAUAAUUAUAUAGGUCCUGCUUUCUGCCUGUUCUGGGCUUGCUCCUGCCAGGCUGUGCUGCUUGAUGGUGAGGUAACUCACCUGAAGCUAAGAUAGGUUACACCGUCCCUCUGCUACAUCCAAUAGCAAAUGCAACAAGAGGGAGAACGGAUUUUCUGGGCUGUAUGUUUGGGUGUUACUGUUCCGUUGAGUUACCUUCAUUUACAAAGGGGUGUCUAGGCUGUGUGGUCCAGUGGUAUUUCUAUACCUUAUUCUUUAAGGAGUAAUGGCCUGUUGCUCCUUUAAAACUGGGGCAUUGGUAAAGGAACCCUUCCCUGCUGCUGUUUCUUUCUCCUCCUCCCCACUCCUUUCUUUGGGCUGCUGCACACUUUUUCCCAGGCAGCUGUUUCAUAACACACACCCAUUUUUCUGUUAGUCAUGUUCUCCUCUUCCUUUCUGAAGUUCGGCAGGCUUUUUUUCCUUUCUUUUUUUUGUGUGUUUUUUUUGUACACACCGAACACAGUGAUCUAAUUCUUCCUUCUGCGGGCUGGCCCUCACCAUUUUAAGUUUUCCCCCCACCUUCAGCUGCAAAAUGGGUGUUGACAGCAGGCAUUUGGGGUGACGACUGGGGGGGGGGAGAGACCUGACAGGAGGUGUGUGUGUUUUAAGAUGCUAAAAUUAGAAUGAUUACACAAAAUUGUGAGGACUUACCAGGAAGUGAGGAGAAGCUGGUGACAGAGAUGCUUUUCUGCUGUACUCUUUUGUGUUGGACCUCUCCAGAGGUUUCUAGGAUGUUGCAAGCUGCUAGCUAAAUUAGUCUGUAGAUGAGAAGGAAAAAGCAGCCUGGCUCUUGCUGAUAGGGAUACAUCUACAUUGCAAAGUCGAACCUGUUCCUUGGGUUUUUUUCACCCUGGUUGCAAAAUCCACCCUUUUAACAUCGAGUUACUAUAAUGGAGGUUCUAUUCUGCCCUAGCUCCACCCACGUCAACUUCCUCAAGUUUGCUUGCCACAGGCAAUUUGCCAUUUAUAAAGUAGACAUAGUAGAACUGAGACUGAGGUGUAAAAAGAACUUUGUGCUUGGGCCUGUCCACAUUUUUCAUAGCCCACAUAGCUUUGAUUUGUUGCAUGGAUGGAACAAUCUCUUUGCUGCUGCAAAUCAUUCAAAAAAGUAAAGGAAGCUACAAUUUUCUGGCCACUUGCUUCUUCUGAAGAUGCAUAUGUGUUCUUUAGAUUUCAUUUCUCUACAGUACUUGAAUUUUGCAGGUCUCACAGUGCCCCGAGUUGUUUCUAUGGUCAGCAGGCCUCUCCUGCCUUUUGAGUCUUUGGAUUGAAUCCAAUAAAAAAAAAAUGUAUGUGUGGAACAACUUGCUCAAGCACAGUGGAACUGCUGCUCCUUGGGUAAAGGUAAAGGGACCCCUGACCAUUAGGUCCAGUCGUGGCUGACUCUGGGGUUGCGGCACUCAUCUCGCUUUAUUGGCCAAGGGAGCCAGCGUACAGCUUCCGGGUCAUGUGGCCAGCAUGACUAAGCCACUUCUGGCAAACCAGAGCAGUGCACGGAAACGCCAUUUACCUUCCUGCUGGAGCGGCGCCUAUUUAUCUACUUGCACUAUGAGGUGCUUUCAAACUGCUAGGUUGGCAGGAGCAGGGACCGAGCAAUGGGAGCUUACCCCGUCGCGGAGAUUUGAACCGCUGACCUUCUGAUCGGCAAGCCCUAGGCUCUGUGGUUUAACCCACAGCACCACCCGCGUCCCUUGGUACAUCACCCCAAAUCUGCUCUGGGGGAAUCCCCUGAGCUGAUUUGGCGGGGUGUUCACAAACGUUCUGUUAUGGCCUUCGCAGAAAUUGUUCCCCACGCACACUGAUUUAGCUGGAUGCAGCGCUUAUGCAUAUGCUCAUCUUUGAACUAUAUUGGAUGGUUCUCCUAGAGACUACCUUUGUUUGUGAAUGGCUGUUCUGUGUGUUUGCUCUGGGUUGCAAAUUAACCCUGAACUUUCCAUUUGUGUGCCUUUAAAAAAAAAACUAUAUAAAAAUUGCCCAUCAUUCACUGUCAGCAAAGCAUAUUACUUGACACGACUGUGUAUUUUAUUGUUCCAACCCAAAACACAGGGAAGGGCUUUAGCUUCAACGCGGAGCGUGUGGUUUGCAUGUAAAAGGUCUCGAGUCCAAUCCCUAUCAUCUCAAGAUGGGUUGGAAGACUCUUGUCUGCAACCCUAGAGAGCCACUGUCAGCAUUGUAGACUAGUGCUCUAGAUGUUUCUGAGCUACAACUCCCAUAAUCUCUGACCAAGCAGCUUGGGAGUUGUAGUUCAGCAAUAUCUAGGACAGUGUUUCUCAAGCUUGGGUCUCCAACUGUUGUUGGACUACAGCUCCCAUCAUCCCUAGUGAGCAAGACCAGGGGUCAGUGAUAAUGGGAGCUGUAGUCCAACAGCAGCUGGGGACUCAAGUUUGAGAAACAGAGGUCUAGGAACUGAGCCACAUGGACCAAUAGAUUGACAGUGCCAGGCAGCUCCCUAUUAUUCCUAAUCUUAAAAACUACUUAUACGUUGAGUUAAAGAAAAAAACACCUCUUUCUCUCUGUGUAUACAUAUGUAGUCCCUUGUUAUAUUAUAAGAGGUGUUGUCAAUUUUAAGUUAUUUUUCACACCUAUUUUUCUCCUUUUGAAAGAUCCAUUGGAUUUUAGGUUGGUAUUGGAUUUCACCAAGUUGUGUUAUGUGACCCUAGCAUGGAUGUCCCUGCAGGUGUGUGUGGGGGGGGAAUUGGAGGUCUCUUGUAACCCGAGCAAGAAGCCCCCUCCUUGCUAGUUUUGUAACUUCUCUGUUUGUUGUGGUAACGCUGCUGAUCACUGUGAGGCUGCUAACAUGGGGCCCUGCCUUUUAGAGAGGGCAGCCAUGUUCACGGUGUCUAAAUAGACUAAAACUGAUGUGGGGUUUCUUUCUUUCUCUCUCUCUUCCCCCACCCCUUUGGUCUAUUCUGGGAUUGUUUAAUCUGGCACGCGCUCCUUGGAGGGAAAUGUUCAUUUCUCCUCAGGACAAUGGUGUUCACUGGCAAUGUUUUUGCCAUAUAUGUUGUGGACUAUAGUUCUUUUGAUUCGGCUUGUUUGUAACACAGGAAACUUGCCCUCUAGUAAACAUGACCCCCAGAACACACCUUCCAAUAAAGCAAGGCUCUGGUAGUUUCUGUGUGUGUGUGUUUUUACAGUGAGUUAUUGGACUCACAUGACGCCUUUUCUGUUGGCGUUGGAGAAACAAAGCAAAGCAACAUGCCACAACGAUGCUUCGUGCCAAAAAUGUUCUGGAUCUCCUCAGAAUUAAUGCAGAGAUGGGUUUUGUUUAAAAAAUAAAAAAGAAUUAAAAAUGAACAAGUGAGGAGACUGCAGGAUUAAAGGGGCUAGGGAACCUCCACUCCCAGGCGAGGGCCAUAUUCUGAGGGCCACAUUCCCUCAGAAGUAGUUUGCUCAGGGCCAGAGGCCAAAAGUGGGUGGGGUCUAGCUAGUAUUUUGCACUGGCUUCAGAGCUGGACCAAAUUUUUCCUUCAGGCUUGAUUUUGACAUUGCAUUGUUAGACCAUUUUGACUCCAAUCGGGUGGGUUUUCUCCCCUCAGAAUCCAGAAUAUUUUAAAGGAUUGAAAUGGCGGAAAGAAACAGGCCUCAAAAGGAUGAAGUAGGUGUGGGGAGCAGGUAGGGGCAAGGAAGGCCCCUUGACUGCAGCAAGCCCCUGCUGUUUGAACCUUUAGCACAUGAUGCUUGCAGAUGUUUUCCUUCUACGAAUGAGGACUAGAAACUUGCUUUUUAAAAACACGCACAAUAUCACAAAAUAGCCCUAUAGGCCAGUGAUUAUACAGUGUGAGGCAUCUUCACAACAUUGUCUAAAGUGGGCAUGGAUGAUAACUGUAGAGGCCAACUGCAUCUUGGCUUUAUGUAUUUUACCUCAUUGCCUGAGGUGGGAUUACUGGCUAACUUUUUGAUACAUUAAGCUACAUAAACUCAGUUUCGCUGCCCUGGAUUAUAUUAUAUUUACUAUAAACAUUGCCUAAGAAAAUUGCAGCAUAUGUAGCUUUGGCCAGGACUUCCCAUCACUCCACCUGGCCAGACGAGGGCAUAGGUGGCAAAUAUCCAAACCUUUCAGAUAGCUCCCCUUUUCUGGGCUCAGAGCCUAGCACCCCAAGCCCCACAGAUAAGGGUAACAUCAAAGCAAGCCAAUUCACAUAUAUCAAAGCUCAUUGCUACAACUACUACCAGUUAGUUGUGGGGUUAAUCUUGACUACCAAGAUGGCGUUAGCAAAGCUCCCAGAACAAGUUCACCUUUGGUUCAACACAGGUGGGAGAGAGGGAAAACCAGAGUUGAAAAUGGGUGGCAGGCUAGAAUCGUAAAUAGGAGCCGCUCGACACUUCAAAACUUUGUGGCAGGUUUCACUUAGCAACUUUUGAAUAAUGAUUCUUUUUUCUCAUUUGAGAGUAAUUCUAGAGUAAGGCCAUCAAAGGAAAAGCUGUGUUUGAUGUUAUGUAGGCUGCAAAUAGAAACUAGUUGUGUUCAUCUGUCUAUGGCAUAUUUCUAGUGUGGUUCUAAUCUUCCAGUCCAGGAGUUGGAUGAAGACUGGUAACUGUGUACUUUUCUAUGGUGCAUUUUUUUUGGUCAUGUAUGUGUGAACCUAUACACUGUUCGAAGUACAGUGGUACCACGAGAUCCGUUCCGGAGCCCCGUUCACAUCCUGAAGCAAACGCAACCUGCGUCUGCGCGGGUCGCGUUUCGCUGCGCAUGCGUGUGAAGUAAUUUUGACUGUCUGCGCAUGCGCACACGGCGAAACCCGGAAGUAACGCACUCCAUUACUUCCGGGUCUCUGUGGAGCGCAACCCGAAAAUACUUAACUUGAAGCACAUUUAUCCCGAGGUAUGACUGUACUUUUUGAGCAAGUGGUUUAUAAAUUUUCUAAGUAAAGAAGCAAAAUAUAUCAGGGUAACGAGAGCUGGUGUGGCACAGUGGUUAGGCUGUUGGACUGGGACUGGGGACAUGCAGGUUCAAAUCCUCACUUGGCCAUUAAGUGCACUGGUGACCUUUGGCCAGUCUUCAUCUCUCUGUCUAACCUACCUCACAGGGUUGUUGUGAAAAUAAAGGGUGGGGUGGAACAACGUAUGCUGCCCGUUGAGCUCUUUGGAGGAAAGGGGGAGGUACAUCUGUAGUAAAGAAAUUACAAUACCAUUGCUUCUGAUGUUUUAAAUAUACGAGAUGCAAGUGAGCACCAUAAAUCAGUGGGUUUUAUUUCCAACAACUUGUGCCUAAGUUGCCUCUGGGAAGGGUUGCUUGACUUGAGUUUCCUACAGAGAGAUCACUUCCUUGAAGGUAAAACAGUAAGUAGGCUGUUGUGUGUCUUCUCUGGUCACGUUUCCAUACAGUGGAAAUCUUAAUCCUCAUCACUUGGAUGCGAGGUGAAAUAGGCACAUGUCUGAUGACGUUCAUGGGUUUUUCCCUACACGCAAGCAGUUGUGUAAAAAAGUAAAUUUGAAUAAAUUCUGUAGGUUGAGACACUCUUACUUGGCAGCCAAAUCCCAUUGUUUCAACUAGUUCCUCACAAUGUAUUUGGCAUCAGGGUGUUAGGGCUGGCUGACAUCUUGAUGGGUUGAGAAAUGCUGUCAGCCUGGCUUAUUUACAUACAUGAUUUGGGCACCUCACUGUGCAGAUGGGUGAUGCAAGGCAUAUGUUAAUAUAGGCAAUCUUCCAGGCUCCUUUUUAUGAGGGGGAGGUUUGGGAGAUCAACCCUACGCUGUGGCACACAAGGGAGAGGAACAUGAACAUACCUGCAGCCUAUGCCUCACUGGAUAUACAUGGUUACUAGAUGUCUAGCAAACCUUUUAAACUUCUCUUAUUUUAAGAGUAAAGUUACUGUAGUGCGCUAGCUAAAUUGCUGCUGUUCUCACUCAACCCUUCAGAUGCACCUUCACACAGUUGACUGCACAAAAGGAAACUUGUUUUUAUUAACCUGGUAUCUGAGCUAGCCACGGUACCUUUUUUUUUUUAAGCCUAGACAAAUUGAUUAGCUUUUGGUGUUUUAUCUUCAUUCUUCUUUCCUUUUUUAAAAAGAGCACCUUGAGAUAGAUACAAAACAGAGUCUUAGAACUGGGGAAAUGGAAGGCAGGAGAGUCUGCGUACACAUAAUAAAAAGGAGCUCAGUCGUCAAAACAAACGUGCCAGUAGGUUGAGCGGACGGGUGGUGUGUUCCAAUUCCACCCCAAGGGAAAGUUGUAUGCAAACGUGGAGAGUACUUCAGGGCUUUACAUGUAGGUGUGUAGGAUGGAUGGAGUGCUUGGUGCUUGAGGUAGCUGCACCUCUUUUCAGACGACUUUGAAUGUAGCUUUUAGAGGGACCUGACAAAAAGGAAUAUACUUAUUUGCAGGGCGGGGCCCAGACUGUGCUAGAAUGAACAAAUUUUUCUCUAAGCAAUUUGAAACUACCCAAUUAGGAUUACCUGAAGAACGAGGAACCACCCCUCCCCAAAUCCCUCUCUUAAAGCUAUCCAGGAUCAAAUACCUAAUAUCUGAGAUGGGGGCAUUUUGGAUGAAAAUUCCUGAUGUAUGGGAAGCAGGGACGGGAAAUAUUCAUCACGUGCUCUCAUUUGAAAAUGUCUGAGCUAGAAAAAAGCAUAGCACCCUCAGCUUCUGUUUUCUGUUUUCAAGCAUUAACACAGAUGGAAACUUGGAAUUCCGUAACAUGGGGAUAUUACCUAGUCUACCUGUUAAUGUGCUCAACUCUUUCAUUUGCAUAUACAAAUUUUGCAGUGUGUGUGUAUGUAUUGUAGGGUAAUUAGCUGGGGAAUGGUCAGGUAUUAAUGCAAAUUAGAUCUAAUUUACUUAUGUAUAACAUUUGGAAAGACAGGAAGAUCCCUACUAAUUAUAUUGAGGUGACGAAAUUGCAACUCUAGUUUUGCCCCCCCCCCCCCCAGCAAUUUUUUUCUGCCCACCCCUCAAAGUCCCUAUUGAUUUUGGCUCUGGCAAAAUUAAAAGAAAGUAGAGACAGUGCUGGGACGCAGAGCCCAGCUCCCCAACUGGAAUGCAAAUCACCCCUUCCCCAGUCAUCUGAUCAGGCCUUUGACAUGCAGAGAGAUGAUGAUAACCCCUUUCCCCCAGCUGAUCUGCAUAGAUCAGCUUGGGAGGGAAGGCUGGACAUGAUAGUCUGUUUUAUGGGCAUGUGUGGCACAUGUGGGGAAGAUGCUCAGUGGCAGACCAUCUGCUUUGCUUGUGAAAGGUUUGGCUCCUGGCACCUACAGGUGGUCUGUGAGAGACUGCCAGUCGCUGCCUAUCAGUACAGACAGCACUGAGAUAGAUGGCCUGACUCUGUAUACCCACCUUUCUAUGUCCCCAUGUGAACUGGCCACACUCACCACUGUCAUGCAGCUCCCAGAAGGUUGGCCAAGGGUGAACACGACCCUCUGGCCAGAAAAAGCUUAGCCACCCCUGCUUUAUAUGCCGAGCCAUGUGUGAGGAAAAGGUCAGUUAAAGUGUAACUAGUUUCUUUUGUGCGUGCGUUUUCGUUUUCUUGGGUGCCUUUCUGUGGAUGGGCUUCCCAAACGCAGUCCCUUGCCCCCAUUUAAGUGGAGUGCCAGACCAGGCCAGCAUGGAUUGUUGGAGCACUCCAGCACGUCAUGAGUAGAAAGUAGGGUGGACCCAUAGGAAAGUUGAAUGGCUGCAGAAGAUUGAAGCUGGCACAGCUGCUCACUUAAACUGGAACUUGCGUACCUGGCCGUGUUUGAUCUGAUAAAAGAGGUCAUCUUGCAGAUGAGGGAACCGCUUUAGAGAUCAGUUGAUUUACAUGGUGACGGAGCCAGACAAAAGGUAUAGACAGACAACUUGCUUGGGGCGAUUAAUAUGCAUUGUUUCAUCAUAGAUGGCACGUUCUGCAAAUUGGCCUCUAUUGGUGCAGCUAAUUUCUGCCGGGUUCUCAAUUCUCAAGCUGUCAUGCUUCCUUCUCAGGCUUUAGGAGGGAGAAGAUGUUUAAUAAGGAAGUGUGCUUAUUGUUAGGGGGUGGUUUGUGAGAUGCUGCUGAGAUAAAGGGCCAACCCUGAGUCUUAGAGUUCCCCAGAAGAUUGAGGUUGGCGCUUGAUAAAUGAUGCAAGUCAAACAUCACAUGUCAAGACUCCGAAAAGGCAGUUGUCGGGGAUGAGGCAACAUUGCCCAUUGGCAGUGGGGCCUCCCGUGAACCAAAAAGGUUCCCCGUUCUGAAAUGUGCUGGAAUUAUGCAAAACACACUCAGUUCUGUUUGUUCACCUGCUUCAUUUUGAUGGCAUAACACAGAAAGCUUUUUGUACAUUUUGGGAUUGCGCAAUCCAUCUCUGUCUUUGUGUAAGCAAAAUGAAACAUAACUUUGCAAGCUACAUGACAAACAGGCAUCAGUUACACACCCUGCCUUUCUUUGGUCAGUGUGUACCAGUGUUUGGAAGCUUUUAGAUUUUGCAUCCAUUUCUCUGAAUUGUAGGACCAGCCAUUUUCCUGGCAUGUAGAUCAUGCAUCCUGGAUCAUACAUGGUCUGGGCCUUUAAACCCUCCUGCUUCAGUUUUAUAUUGUCACCAAAGACCAAAAAGGGGGUUAUGUGUGUUUUCCAAUUACUAGCCCACAGAUUGGUGCCAGCCCAAAGUCUGCUUCCUGCAGGUUUGUGCAAAGGGAAAUCACUUAGUUUCCUACUAUUAUUGUGUGGGAAGGUUUUAAUACCUUGAUCAGCAAUUAGAUAUUGUUGUGGGAGAUUCUGUAGCGAACAUUUUUAGGCCACACAUACACACAGAUCUCUCUGCCCCCCAUCUUUGGAGGGAAGGGCAGAAAAAGUUGCUUGGGGGCUAGAUAAACUUGGAGGGUGGUGUAGACCAGUGUCCUUCAACUUUGGGUCCCUAGUUGUUGGAGCUACAACUCCCAUCACCCCAAGCCAGCUAUCCAGUGGUGAGGGAAGAUGGGUAGUUGAACAACAUCUGAAGAGCACUGGUGUAGACCUUAGUUGUUAUCCUUCUGUGAAGCAGCUUGUAAACCAGUGUUUCAUCCUCUCUCUCUCUCCCCCUAAUCACUUUACCCCUUUCCUCCCCCUGCCUAAAGCAGGGCAUCCUCUGGAGUCAGAUUUGGCCAGAAUCUUGACAACAGUUCCUGUCAUUGGUUUCCUUCAGCAACAUUUUGUAACUACUGUCAGCCAAAGGUUGUCCACUUCUGGGUAGGAGGAGCUCACCAAGCAGCAAUCUGCCCCUUCUGCCCCAUCCUCCUUCAAUAAUUUUGAUUGACUGAGGGAGAAGCUUGCCGGCAGGUUUGGGUGUAGGGCAAUGUAGCAUUGAGUGGGACCCAGGCCAGUCUACAGGUUGAAUAGUCAAGGUCACCGAAUCUGUUUAACCAGCUGUAAACCCUUUCUUAAAAAUCAGUUGGUUUUAUGUAUACAUUUUGUUGUAUUCUAUUCAUUCUUCCAUGAGCUCAAAAUAGUUUACACCAAGCUCCUAUUGAUCCUCUGCACAUCCAGUUGAUUAAUCCAUGUGGAAAAUGGAGUUCCCCUUCCUCUCAGACCUUCCAUUUGGUGCAUUCAGUCAGGCUGGUGGAAAUGCCGAUUCAGCCAUUGGUUUUAGCUGUGAAUAUGGGACCCUGCUCUGCCAAUAUUUAGCAGAGCGGGGUAGUUAAUUUUUAAGGAGGGAGCUCAAGGGAGUGGCACAUGCUUUGGAAACGACCUAAACUCUUUUAUCUAUUUUCCCAGACUCUACAUUGUAUUGCAUAGUUGGGGGAAGGAGAGGAAGCCAUGUGUUCUUGUUGGGGCUGGUUCCUUGUGUUGCACGUGGGAGCUGGAUAUUCUUCUAUUUUUUUAUUUUAUUUUUUUUUAAAGUAGACUUGGCAAGUCAUUAGGUGAAUCCAGGCAAAGGGAGCCACAAUUAUAACCCUGUUUCUCUCUUUCUCUGCCCUCCAGAUGUGCACACCCAGCAAUACUCCAGCCACGCCUCCCAACUUCCCAGACGCCCUUGCCAUGUUUUCCAAGCUGCGGACUUCAGAGAACCUUCAGAGCAGCAACAGCCCUAUCACAUCCAUGGCUUGCUCUCCUCCGGGUAGCUUCAGCCCCUACUGGGCUUCUUCGCCUCCAAACCACCAACCUGCCUGGAUCCCUCCUUCGUCGCCCACCAGUCACAACCUCCACCACCACCUCCACCACCAGCAGCCCAUGUGGCCUCCUGUGUCUCAGCAAGGGCCCCCCCAGCAGAAAGCCAUGGCGGCAAUGGAUGGCCAGAGAUAAGACUUAAUGUUUUUGGAAUGGGGGGAAAGAAGUUGAUAGGGUGGCGGGGGCGGUAAAGAGGGUGUGGCAAAUCCAAGGGGGCACAGGGAAAUGGGGUGGGGGUAUUUUUUCCCCCCCGAAGAUCGCACUGGAAUAUUUUAUAGUGGUUUUUUUUUUAAAAGAAAAAAAAAACUGAUGAGAUGUCGUCAUCAGCCCAAACCCCGAUGUUCCUUUCCCCCGUGCCCACCUUCCUUCUCUUCCCUUAUCCACUCUUCAGGAGAGUUAAUAACUGAUCUUUUUCUCUUUUUUAAAAGAAAAAAAAUUAUAUAACUAUAAUAUAUAAAUAUAUAAAUAUAUCUAAUGUAUAUACAUCACGAAUGAAAGCAACGGAAUUGCAAAGAUCCAGGUAGCAUUCUGCGAAAGCUGCCUGGAAAAAGAAGGGUGGCUGUGUUGGAUCCGGGGGGGUCGGGGGGGUUCAAGGUGUCUCCCUGUGUGCGCACGUGUAUGUAUGUGAUUGGGGGUGGCCGGGAGAGCUCGGAAAGUUGCCUCUCCUUUCCAUCCUUUCCCAAUUUUGUUGCCCUCCUCUUGAUUUUCCUUUGGCUCUUGGUUGUCAGGAGUUGCCUGUAGCAGCUGAGACGGUUGAGGGGCCUUGAGGGAAGAAACCCUCCUUGCUUAAAGGGAAAGCACAGGCCUCAGAUUCUGUGGCUGUCUGUGUGCCCGUGCGGUUCAGAGAGCCUCCUAGGCUGGGUGGGGUGUCACCUGCUAAAGGAAUUGAGCUUCUACUACCCCCUGCCCCAUGUUGUGACUGAGCGUGAGGGGUUGGGGAAGUAAUUUUCCACUGUGGGCUCCGCUCCGCAGGGCUCUCCUGUAGGCCACAGAAGGAGCCUGAAAAGAAAAGAAAAAAAAUGGAAUAGUGCAAAAUGUCAUGUUAUCGGGGCUGUAAAUCUUUGAGACCACGUUGAGUCCUGCUCAAGAUUUUGUACAUUCAAGGAGGCAAAUCUUGUCCUUUUUUGACAGGUGCCGAGACAUGUACAGUCUGGCAAAACCAGCCAGCUCUUCUAGCCUAUACAUGGGCUGGCAAAUUUAUGGGCGAGAGUGGGGUUUCGUGGGCUUGCGUCCGUGCUGUCAUUUGGGUUUAAACCCUUCUCCAUUGCCCCAACUUUGGCCUAUUGAAACCCUUUUUCUUCAACGGCUGCAGCAGGUGUGCUCCAAGUAGCAGAAACUAGAAAUGGGUUGGGGGUUUUGUUUUUUGGUACCUUACCACAGACUCUUUAUUGCUCUCCCACCCCCACCUGUCCCCUUCUUGUUUUUUGGGGGAAUGGUUUUCCCCUUCAGCUCUCAAGCUGGUUCCCUUUUUAAAAGGACAAAGUUUAAGCAUUUGGGAGGAUAAGCUGGAAGGGAAGUUGCUGAAGUUUUCAAAGGUAUAAAAACACAAACGUCAACCUCCCCAGAAGAUGGAUUAUUCGAAGGAGGACUCAAGAGAGUGCUCCCUGACAUCCGGCAGCAAGGGAGAUGCUGAGGCUCUUUUUGUUUUUUGUUUUUUAGGUUUUAAAAUCAGAAUCUUGCUUAAACAGGUUGAAGGUUUUAUAUUAAUUUAAAAAUAAAAAAAAUCACUUUUUUAACCAGA